UAAACUCAAACUCGAGCUGCUCUUAUUACUCCUCAUUGGAGAGAAAGACUAAAGAAAAAAAGACUAGAGAGAAUCCUCAUCAUCAUCAUCAUUAUGAGUCAUUGUAUAGUACCCAAUUGGAAUCUAAAACACCAAAGACAAGAACAAGUUGAAGAAGAAGAAGAAGGCAACAGAUCUUCUCACGUGCUCAACCCCAGUAAUACUCACCUUGUCCCCAUGUCGUCCAACUAUGAAGUUGCAGAGCUAACAUGGGAAAAUGGCCAGCUAGCCAUGCAUGGGCUCAGUGGGCUCCUUCCAACUGCCUUGACAAAGCCAACAUGGGGUAGGUCCAGUGACACACUAGAGUCCCUAGUCCAUCAAGCCACAUGCCACGACCAAAACCAGAACUUCAACUUUCUUCAGCAUGACAAUACCCCGGCAAACAGAAGUUCCGAUAUUGCAGCAUCAUCCGGGGGAAACUGGGCGGAGAGCACCGGUGGACUGCCAAUGGCAGCAGCAGCGUUGUUAAAGAAACGGGCACGGUCGGAUUCUGAUCAAUGCUGGAAAAAUUACCUAAGUGGUGGUAUUCAAGAAGAUAGAGCAGAUCGUAGUGCCUGUGCUAGUGCUAGUGCUACACUUUGUAGGGACAAUGAUACAACCUUGAUGACUUGGGCUUCCCAUGAAUCUCCUCAGAGCAUGAAAACCAAAACCACCGAUGAGGACUCUGCUUGUCACAAUGGAUCGGAAACCCGAGAUGAAGAUAGGGAGACCGGAGGUGAAACAGGUCGAUCACACUCUACACGACGAAGUCGAGCAGCAGCUAUUCAUAAUCUGUCUGAAAGGAGACGAAGAGAUAGAAUUAAUCAAAAGAUGAAGACUCUUCAAAAGCUGGUCCCAAAUGCAAGCAAGACAGAUAAAGCUUCAAUGCUUGAUGAAGUGAUUGAAUACUUAAAACAACUCCAAGCACAAGUCCAAAUGAUGAGUAUGAGAAGCAUGCCUCAGAUGAUGAUGCCUCUGGGAAUGCAGCAGCAUCUUCAAAUGUCUAUUUUAGCUCGGAUGGGAAUGGGAGUUGGCCUAGGAAUGGGCAUGGGAAUGCUAGACAUCAACUCCAUGGCUCCUAAUGCUUCCCAUUCUCUUCCUCCUCUCAUGCAUCCUUCACCAGUCACUGCUCCCAAUCCCACAUUUCUUCCUCCUCCCUUCGUGGCACCGCCUAUUGUUCCACCACGCAUGGCAGCUCAAGCAAAUUCAAAUGCUACCUCUAAUGCCACAGUUCCUUUACCUGAUCCGUAUUGCGCUUUCCUAGCUCAAUCCAUGAAUAUGGACCUCUACAGCAAGAUGGCAGCACUCUACCGGCCACAAAUUAAUCAAACCACACAGACAGCAAGCAGUCCAUCGCGGUCAAACAAUGUACAAGAGGAUUAAGAUGCAAAAAGUACUAAACCAUAACAAAUGAGAAAAGAAAAAGGAAAAUCUUUGAAGCCAAAAAGCCAUAGCCUAUUGAUCCACCGAAAUUAUGAGAAGAAAUUAUGUCUUCGAACAGUUAAUGUUAAUUUGUCAGUAUAUAACGAAGGAUCUUGUAUGAUAGGAAUUAGAUUUGUUUAAGCCUUACUGUAUGGUUUUUUUUUUUUUAUAUAUAUAAGUAUUUGAUUGGCCAUUGAGGUCCAC